AUGACAAAUUCAUUGGAAGGCUACGACGGACGAUCAGCGCCAAAUUGUCGUGAAACUGGCUCAGAAUACAAUGUGACUGCGCACGAGUUUGUGCGCUGUGAAGCAGUUCGCACCACGCCUUUUCUACGCAAACGACAAGAGUAUGAUAUAGUCAUGCAAGAUAUCGAGCGGUUGGAUUGCUUCAUAAAAAUGUACUUGUUUUUGGCGACCUUCGUAGCACAAACAUUAUGGUUCGCAAACGAUUGGGCGGAAAGUCAUGAAUUACUGGACAAAGUUCAUGAUUCUUACUGGUUGGAUGUGCUUUAG